GUUCUACGCCGGCUUGCUCGUCAGGGAGGCUGCCGGCGAUGGAGGAGUGCGACGAGGAUGGAGACGUGGGCGCGAAUGCGUACCACGGGGCGAUGGCCUCCGCCACCACGUUGUGGCACACGCGACGGCAGGUCGGCAACAUCUCAGACUUGUGCGCCGCUGCGCGCGCUCCCUCCUUCAACUACGGCUUGCCUGAAGGAGAGUGAGCCGGACUUCAACGCCAAGUUCGCACUCGCGCGUCAGGCAGCUGUCUCCCAAAAUAGAAGACGAUACAUUAAGGGUUUGUUCGUUUCUGUCGGAUUGGUGGGUCGGAACGAUUCCUGACCGGAUUACUUCUCUAAUUUAUAUAAACUUUGAUUAGCUGGAACGAUUCCGGGUGCAAUCCGACGGAAACGAAAAGGCCUAAGUAGGGAGAUGCAAGCAAGCCGGCGGUGUCACCGAACUAUCCAAGAAAGACAUGUCCCUUGGUCGUGAGAUGCGCUUCCGUUCCGUACCACGCGUUUUCAAUCCGGAGAGGAGAGGUGCCGCAGCUCAACCCCUCUACGGCAGGACCGUUCAGAAUUUUUCUCCAAGGAAGGGAGCACAAAGGCAGCAAGCAGACUAGGAGAGAACAAGUUUAAAAAACACCGCAAUUAACCAGCUCACCCUGGCUAACCCACCACCACCACCACCAUACCAGGAGAGAGAAAAGAGAGAGGCGCCUCCACUCGUGACUCGUGAGUCGUGAGUAGUGACUCGUCUGGUCUCCCCUCUCUCGUCCGUCUGGUCCUCCCGUCCAGAGGCGUUCUCUCUCCCUCCCCCUUUCCUCUGGUCAUCGCACCCGUCUCCCCGCUCUGACUCCGCCCGCGCCGCCGACUCCCGGCACGGCCCCAGGCUUCAUCUCCGCCGCCGCGCCGCCUCGCUCCGAUCGACCCCCGAAACGCCGGAAACCGUGGGCUUCGCGAGGUUGCCUCUCUUCGUCCAAGCGGUAGAUAACAUAACAGUGCGACAGGUGAAUUGCAGAGAGAAGGGGGGCAUUUGGUCGCUGUAUGAUGGCGGAAGGCCCCAAUUUCGCUGGCAUGAUUGGAGGCCAUGACAAUGGUGGGGAUUUCUGCGACAUGGCAUACUACCGGAAGCUCGGUGAGGGCUCAAACAUGUCGGUAGACAACCUUAAUAGCAUGCAGACCAGCACACAUGGUGGCUCCAUUGCAAUGUCUGUGGACAACAGCAGCGUAGGGUCCUGUGACUCCCAUACUAGGAUGCUCAAUCACCCUGGCCUCAAGGGACCUGUCGUUGGCAAUUACUCGGUCGGCGGGCACAGCAUUUUCCGUCAUGGACGGGUGUCUCACGCCUUGAGCGACGAUGCGCUGGCACAGGCGUUGAUGGACCCAAGGUACCCGACUGAGACACUCAAGGAUUAUGAGGAGUGGACGAUUGAUUUAGCUAAGCUCCACAUGGGAAUGCCCUUUGCACAGGGCGCCUUUGGAAAGCUCUACAGGGGUACCUACAACGGUGAGGAUGUUGCCAUUAAGCUUUUGGAGAGGCCAGAGGCAGAUCCGGAGAGAGCCGGGUUAAUGGAACAGCAGUUUGUGCAAGAAGUUAUGAUGCUUGCAACCUUGAGGCACCAGAAUAUUGUUAAAUUUAUUGGAGCAUGCAGGAAGCCAGUGGUUUGGUGCAUUGUUACGGAGUAUGCCAAGGGCGGAUCAGUUAGGCAGUUUCUGGCAAAGAGGCAGAAUAGGUCAGUUCCACUAAAACUGGCGGUUAAGCAAGCACUGGAUGUUGCAAGGGGGAUGGCGUAUGUUCAUGGUCUUGGCUUCAUUCAUAGGGAUCUUAAGUCAGAUAACCUCUUGAUAUCUGGUGAUAAAUCUAUCAAGAUAGCUGACUUUGGAGUAGCUCGGAUUGAAGUAAAAACUGAGGGGAUGACACCUGAAACGGGAACCUAUCGUUGGAUGGCACCAGAGAUGAUUCAGCACAGGCCAUAUGACCAAAAAGUUGAUGUCUACAGCUUUGGCAUUGUGCUGUGGGAGCUCAUAACUGGCAUGCUCCCUUUUGCUAAUAUGACAGCAGUGCAGGCUGCUUUCGCUGUGGUGAACAAGGGUGUCCGCCCAGCUAUACCCCAGGACUGCCUGCCCACCCUUGCUGAGAUCAUGACCAGGUGCUGGGAUCCAAAUCCUGAUGUCCGUCCGCCAUUCACUGAAGUUGUGAGGAUGCUGGAGCAUGCUGAGAUGGAGAUCCUGAGCACUGUCCGCAAGGCCCGAUUUCGGUGUUGCAUGUCCCAACCGAUGACUACCGACUGAAUCAAACAAGAGAGUUGAAAUGAACUCCAUGGAAGCGUAAUUGAGUGUAUUUAUCAUGUGUCCAAACUUCGCUCAGCUGAAGUAGAAAGCACACCUGAGUUUAUGGCUGUAUGUGUGUAUACUCAGGUGUAAGCCUUGUUGUCUUUGAAAUAUUCCUGCACUUAGAAAUAUACCUAGUUCGCGUUUUCAGACUCUUGAGAUGUUUUAGGGCUAGUCUAUGUCCUGUCGAAACAUCAUGCAGGGUUCCUAUUCUUGUAAUGUUCUUGUGAUCCUGCUACUGGAAUGUGCCUCCUACUGGAGGUGGUCUGUUCAUGUUAUAACCCUCCUACUGGAAUAUGCACAAAUACUUCGUUGCUUGAGCA